AUGCCCCUCACGGAUAGGGAUCCUAACGUCAGCGGGAGGACAAGUCGAACGUCAACCACAUCUACGAACAGCCGCGGUUUUGCGAAGUCCCAUGGACCAAAAACGGAUUCAGUGCCCGGUGGUGCUGGAGUGAUGAGUAUGCUCAAAACUUCAACAGAGCUGGGAGAUCUGGGCACCUUUUCUGGGAACUCGCGUUUGCCUCCUCUGCCAAGGCAAAGCAAUCGUCGGAGCCACACUGCACAUAAUUCGAUUAGUUCAACGCACUCUCAUGUUUCGAAGCAUGGCUCACGUCAUAGACCUUGUCCUUCUGCUUCCUCCAGAAGAUCUACAAAUAGCAAUGGUAACGGCACUGUCCCACAGCUGUCUUAUGAACUGCAAACACCAGCUUUGAUGGGCUACACGGAUUGUUUGGCGAUGCUACCACCUCCAGCGAUCUCAAAGGACGCUCGAUCGUUUUCAUUGACCAAUACGGAGCCACCAAUCUCGUUGUCGAAUCAAGCAUCCUUCUCAAGUCUUCGUAGCCAUGAGACCAUCUCCAGACCUAGGUCGCCCUUCAGAUAUCCCACUAGGCUCAAACGCCCUGGCUAUCGCCCCGUAUCUCCAGCUUUAAGUGAGACGAAUGGCUUUCCACCGGGUAGACAUGGUCAACCUGCAUUUGUUACAGCCUUUGCACCAAUGCCCAGGACUCAGCAUUACGCAAAACCAUAUCCUCUGCAGUCUAAGGAACGCAUGCCAUUCCCAGAGGUAUCGAGUAGAUCUACAAACAACCACUUCACCCAAUUCGAAGAGCCUUCUCGCGACGCGACAUUCGAGCCAGCUCCAGUAGGCGUGGGAAUGGCGCCUAUCUGCUCAAACCUCAGCAUUUCCAACGGGUAUACUACCGCAGCCGAAGACUCGUCUCCUGACAAACAAACAUCUUCGAAUCCUCCAUCAUCGUCGGCUCCAACAACUCCAAGAGAUUGUUCUCCUUAUGGGCUCAUACAUGACCCCACUGUCGUAAGAGACGUUGAUGACUCUGGAGGUCCCACUGCUCAAGGUGGGCCCCUAUAUUAUGACUACUCUGAGCAAUACGAAAGGCUCGUACGAACGGAGCAAGUAUUCGAGCCAGAAAGUGAUUCCCAAAAACCCCUUCCUGUCCCCUUUGGAUUUGUUCACCGGAUCAAGACCAUCCUCGAAGAAAGAGGCACAUCUAGUCUUCCACUUGUCGAUGGUGAGAAUCUUCCCAUGAUCAUUGAACCCUCUGGUCCUGUACCUAUUGCAGAGCUUCCCGCGGAAGACGUAGUUCGUCCAGUCGAACUACCGGCCGAUCAGAAAAUCAAGAGAAUUACUAGAGAGUUAAUUGUGAAUGCUUUGCGAUCCUCUGACUCAGGCGAUGACACAGGCACCUCAAUCAGCACGGCGAUCCAGAAUUACAUUGCUCAGAAUGAGUCCGUUGCAUCUGGAUCAAACUCAGAUGUAGCCGCAAUUGCAUCAUCUGUCUACACCAGCAGUGAAAAGAGAAACAGUGCCUUAUCCGAGACUCCAUCUACACAGUCGGCUUCCACGGCACCUGAAUUUCUGUUCGAACAGCAUCGAAAGAAUGAGAUGUCGCGCGCUAGUCCAUCAGUGCCACUCAUGCGCUCUGGUCCACGAGCUGCAACGAAGACGUGCUUGACUGAUACAGAGACCAUUAUAGAUGCUACACAUGGUACUUUGGAGCACAUAUCUGAACCAUCAAGCCCAGAGGUGUCGCCUCGAGGUCAGACGCAGCCAUUGAGUGCUAUGAGACCUGCAUCGGAAGCUCCGCAGUGUUCACCUCAAGUCGUUCACGUAGAAGGCCGCUUCUCAGCGCCGCCGUGUGCAUCUACAACUACUUGGGAUGUGGACACACUAACCACGCCAUUUGUGCAUCGCAUGCAAGCUAUCAUCACGGGUGACGACAUCUUCAGCGAGCCUAGCCCGACAUGUAACGAAGACGAGCGGGUUGAACAGUCUGAACACUGCGAAACUGAUUGGCCACCUACAUUCGCGUCGAACAUGCAGACCUUGGAUCGACCGAUAUCGUCUCCACCCGCAGUGCACACACGAGCAGCGACUCCCACAAUUUGCUAUCCGGACAGCAAUAAAGUCUCGCAUCACACAUGGAGCUAUCGUAAGCCUUAUGCAUCCUCUAGUUACAAUGUUCAGUCCACCUUACAUAUACCUGGCUACCUUGAUGGAGCUUCAACAGACAUGAAGCUGAGCGCUUUUCGCUACCCAGGGACUUGCUUGUCGGAUGUCAAGGAAGAGUCACAAGAAGGAUCGAGUUUGACCGAAUCCCAGCGAACAAGCUUCAAGUUUCCGAGAACUCAAAAACUCCAUACACGGUACUCGGUAGAAGAUCUUCGUCGCUCUGGACGUACAUCGGCACUGUCUGAACCAGUACGAGGAUCAAGCAUCCAGGUGCAGGAAACUGGUAUGAUCCCGCUCUUGAACUUUAGUCAGGUGGAUUUGAUAUCUAAGAUGAACGAAGAGCUCGAAGUGCGUUCACUACGCUCGGCUGAUGGUAUGUCUGGAAUGCUCAGUUACCGAGACUUUCUCAUGCCAAUGCCCUGUCGACCCAAGUCGUCCAAAACAAUUCGUGAAAGAUAUAAGAGCUUCUUCGCAAGUCUCGAUGAGAUGGGCCACGGAGUGGAAGAUUCUCCUACUAAGAGGUCUAGGGCGGCUGACUUGUGCGCGCGAUCUCGCUCAUCCAGUGACGCCAUGGACGAAGUAAAGAGACUUUCGAUUCCAUCAGUUGGUGGUCUUGCAUAUCGCUUGUCAGAGCUCCUGCCAUCUUUCAAAAGGUACUGUGCCCCGAGCACGCCGGUAAAGUCUGGCUGCUCUCCUACCGAAGCAGAACUUUCAGCCGGUAAUGGCAAGGUUGUUCACGAGCAACGGUCUUCACGCAGACUGAGAGCCCUUCCUGGUCUGUCAGAGCUUGUCGUCUUGGAUGACGAUGUCUUUGAGAGGAUGACCCGAAAGCCCAACGAGAGAGCAUUAACAAGUCUUCCUGAGGAGAAUGGAGAGAUCGACUUGGGCACAGCAGGAGAUGGAAAGUCGACGCCAAUAUGGGAAUUGGAAGCGCCUCUGCCUGCAUAUCUGCGUGUGCAUACACCACCGCCAAUCUUUGAAGGAGACACCACUCUCGACGACUCCAUAAGGAGAUCUAUGGCAUUGGCGAAGCUCAAGACACGAUCUCCACGAGACAAUCGACCUUGGAACAAUGACAACAACUAUCCCUGGGCUGGUAUCGAGGGACAGAUCGAGAUCAGUCUUCCUGAGCCCGUGCACUCACGUCAGAAUAGCCCGCAACCCGUCGUGAAGACGAGCCUCUCCAUGCUUGAUCAUCAAGAUACGGGGUCGAACGAAGCAUUGGAUCUCCACAACAUCUCGGGAGUUGGCGGCAGCACUAACCAAGACGAUUCAGGCUUGCAUGAACCAGUGAAACGAAGCGUAUUCGGAUGCAUCAAGGACAAAAUGGCACGGUCUAAGCCAAGCUGUGAUACUCCAACUCCAAUGCCGGCUUAUUCCGCGUCUCCUGGCAUUAUGGGUCGCGAAGAUUUCGCAGUUGAUCCUGGAGAUCGUUAUCCUACGACGGGAUUGACGCCUCCAUCUACAUUCAUCUUGGACGAAGUGCGCAGCUUCUUUUCCGAUGACAGUUCUCAAUCACGGAAGAGAGGCAUUCGAAGACACUUCACAAGCUUCCGCUCCCGAACACGAAUCGCUCCUGUAUCGCGGUUGGUCUCUACUAAAGACCGUCGUGUUGAUGCUGGCAGAAAUUGUAGUGAGACACCGUCAGUCGUGAAUACAGCACCAGACCUCGAAGAAAAUGACGCUUUAGCUCUCGGACAGCCCUUCAGUGGAACAAGUGGUAUGGGUAGGAUUGAGUUUCGGGCGCGCAAGAUGGUUCAGCGUUUGAAGUUUAUACUUUUCAAAGGUCGCCAGUGGGUGCGAUCACUCAACACAAAACGUGGACAGGGACGGCAGAAGCCACGACAUGGCCGAGCAAUUUCAAUCCAGCGAGCGAGCCACGAUCACCGCGACACAACUGUUGGCGACGGUGAUGUCUACAUGGGUACGUGA